CCUCCGGAUUCUUAGCGGAUCCUAAACUGCCUAGAUUUUGUUUAGUGGGGAAUCGAAUAUGUAGGGUUAGAAAAGAAAGGCUUCAAAAAACGCUAACUUCCUCUCGAAUUGUCUGAGGAGUCACCUCUAUCCUUCACCGCCUAAGUGCUGGUUCUUCGCGUCUGGUUAAUCUUCGCCCUUCGACUACUAACUGUUGAUGUACUUUCCGAGAGUGGCGAAAUUUCCUAAUAUAUUGGGCACUACUGUUCCUGCCUUUUCCCAUCUUCCACUGAGAUUUUUCGUGUUAUGAGUCGGCUUGAGACUGAUCUGAGAAGCACUGGUUUUCACUCUAGGGGAAUGUCGUCUGGAUUAUUGCACAAUCUUGCGCAGAAUUUCUCCUAUGCUGAACAUUAACAAAUACUUUGUACAAUUUUGGAUUGGAGACAUACUUGGUGGAAAAGUGAAGCUGCACAGGUGAUAAAAUGUUAGCUAUUCAUGAGCGCGAGAGGAAAGAAGCACAACAAGAGAGGGCAAAAUUACGGAGACAGCCUUCAAACACUGGCAACCUCCCCCUAUUUGCCGAACCCAGGAAGGUUCAACCAUCAGCUCAGGACGCCCUUCAGCAAAAAAUCCAGGCUACGCUUGGAACAUAUGACACCAUUGCACCGGUUCUCCAACAUCACAAUCAUUUGAUCGGAAUUCCAAGACUUCCACCAACACCUGUUGAAGGGCAGAAGUUUGUGUUUGAUCGCCACAAAGCCAAAGAUGCUAAAUCAUCUCCCAAGAACCACAAACUAAAUGGAGUCAUAAAUAGCGCUGGACACUUGGCCACUAAAUCUCCCCUCACAAAGUCUAAUAACACAAUUCCUCCCUCCAGGAACUCAACUCUAAAUCUUUCAAAAUCUCCAACUCUGAGUAAUGAAGCUAUCACCUCUAAAUCAGCUGAUGCAAGGAAAGUUCUGUCAAAUAUAAAAUCCCCAACUGUUAAGGAAGCAGCUGUAUCAAAACAAACCAAUUCAAAGAAGACUUUAACACACCUGAAAUCUCCACCUGGGAAGGAAGCUACAACUGUCAAAGCAGUUGAAUCAAAAAAGACGUCAUCACAGCUAAAAUCACCCACCCUUAAUAAUGGUACACUUACGAAAUCAGCAGAGAUGAAAAAGACUGACAUGAAGCCAGUUGUCAAUGGCAAUGUUAAACCUCGGCAAAAUGUUGAAAAGGAAAAGGAUAAAUCGGUCACAAAAGUUAAAGGGAUAAAGGAUGAGAAAAGCCUUCCCGAGGACCUGAACAGUGACCUUCACAAAGGCCAGAACCAAAAGUCAAAUCCAGCCUCAAAGGGGAAACCUCCGAAAAUCAAACUCUCCUUGCCUGACAGGAAUCUACCCGUGUCUUCUGUCAAGCAAGAAAACCUUUCCAUGAGUGAUCAUCCAACCAAUGUGGAAAAGAUCAUUGAGGAGAUGCAACAGGUGGCUCCACCUCUUACAGGGAUCCACACCCCAAUCAAAGGAGGGAGCUCUAUCUUUGCCUUUCAUCGUAAUAGUAUUCAAGAACCUUCAGUGCUUCCAGUUUUACCAACAAAGAGAAAACCAAGCGAAAGCACUGAAGGCAAGAAAGACAGUGGGAAUGAUGUGGUUCUGUUGGACGAUGACCUAGUCCUUACUGAUGACAGCGAUGAUGAACAUGAUAACCCAGUUACGCACACUUCACCCUCAAAGACUGAGAGGAAUGCACAUCGUCGCUCCCAUUCAACAUCAUCAAGUGGAAGCAGCAGUGACGACAGUGACUCAGACAGCAGCGAUAGUGAUAGUGAUUCUAGUGCUUCUGACUCAAACAACAAUACUAAAGACAAACCAAGGAAAUCUCCCGUUCAUGUAGCUUCAUCCUCUCCAAAGCAUACAAGUGGACGUAACUGGGGUUUAAACCAUAUUGCCAAUGCACUUAAUCAGUCAUCACCAUCGCAAACCACUAAGACAAAACCAAGUCCAUCAGCUGCAAACACGGUUGGAGGAGACGGUGUCCGUGGAAACCAGGUUGCUCCUGCUGCUAAUUCAAAUAUGAGCUGUCUUAACUCUCAUGUCGCGAGAAGCCCUGUGGCAGCGGCAUCCGAGGAUAGUUUUUUAUCAUUUGCGGAAGGCCUUUUUGACCUCAGCUCGGACUUAAAAAAUGGAGUGGACAUUGAGUCAUUAACAGCUAAGCUUGACCUUCCCCUUCCAGCAGAAAUGAGUGAAGGCUCAGCUGAACCAGUAAGUGCUCUUCCUGUUGAAGAUAGUGCAACAACUCUGAAGACGCAACAACCCAAGAAUGACAAGAAGGUAAAAAGGAGAUCUUCCAAUGUGGAGUCCAAGUUGAAUACGAGCCAGGAGAAAGGUCCAACCAAAUACUCACCGAAAAAACCUGCUAACUCCAAGAAAACAGACUCUGUCAAAAACUCUACAAAUCUCAAAGUUAGCAAUGGUUGUACUGAUGAUAGUGCUAAAAAGGUCACUAAAACAACAAAAACACCAAAUGGAAUAGUCACAAAAAAAUCGUUCAAAAAGAUAUCUGAAACAAAGGGUGUUAGUAAAACUUCUGUGAGUAAUGAAGCAGUGAGGGAGACCAGUGAAGUUGUUGAUGAUGAGGAUAUUUUUGUGGAUAUUGUUAGCAUUGAGCCAAGUCCAGGAAGUGACAAUAAAAAGGUAGAAGUCAAGCAGACAGCAAAAUCAAAAGAGACUGAAAAUCCUAAAGGAGUAAAAAAGAAACCUGUGACAACAAAUGGCCUUAGUAAGCAUGUGAAUGGUGAUGGACUAUUAUCAAGUUUGAUAUCAACAAAUGGAACUAAAGAUAUUUUGGGGAAGAAUGUUGAAAUAACAUAUGAUGAAGUCAACAAGCCAGAGUCUCUUAUAGUAAAAAUUGACUUGUCACUGCUGAAAAGGAUACCACAGCUUGCAAGUAACAUUCCACCCAAACAUUCAGUUUUGUCACCCACAGUUGAAACCAAUGGCAGCAGAGAUGCGAUAAAUUCUCCAGAAGUGAAGAUUCCAAAGCGAAAAUUAUUAGAUGUAAAGCCGGUAGAACAGGAAGUUUCCAAGAAAGUGAAAAGUAACAGUGAGGAUGCUAAUAGCAGAACAAAACCUCAUGAGCAAUCGUUGAGUUCAAGCGGUAACAACACUCGACCUCCCAAGGAUGGAACAAGGAAGCGCAGUCCAAGCCAGGAGAAAGAUUCUCAUCGAAUUAAGCGCCAGAAACAAGACAAUGAAAAUAGCAAAGAUCAUGAUUCUUCACCCGGUUUUCAGAAUGGCUCUGUCAAUGAAAAUGGAAUGGAUUUAGUGGAUAAUGGUGUCAUUUCUCACACAUGCUUGUGCAACAAAACCAGCAAUGUUGAAAAGAAGAGAGAAGUUGACAUUUCUAGGUUUUAUGAUCCAGAACCCAAAGUACCUUAUGGACCAGACCACUACCUUGCAGAGGCCAAGAGGCUCAAACACAAAGCUGAUUCCUCUACUGACAAGGAAGCUAAAGCCUUCUUGUAUGUUGAUGCUGUCUUGAACUUUGCAAGAUGUGGAAAAGCUAUUGAACAAAAUGAAUGCAACGAGUCAGAGUCACGUUCAGCAUUUCAAAUGUACUCUGAGACGCUGGAUCUUCUCAGGUACACAAUGCGCAACUUUGUCAACAGAUACACUCACCGAUCAGACCGAGUUCCUGAUAAAAGACUUUCUGUUUUAUGCAUGAGAAUUCAAUCCCUUUUGUACAUGAGGCUCUACAAAUUGAGGAAGGAUGGUGUAAUGAGAAAUGUUAAGAUGGUUGCGGAGCAUUUUAAGGGUCCUCCCAAAAGUACCCAGGCUCCUUCACCUUAUACAUCAAACACAAAGACAACUGGCACCCCAUCACCUUUGUCACCUACACCAUCCCCAUCCGGCAGUAUUGGUAGUGUAGGAAGCAGUGGCAGCAAUGAAACUAUGACCACGCCAUCGCGAAAUAGUAAGCCCUCCACUGGUUCUAAUGCAAUUACGUCGCCAGUGAAUGUCUGCAUUCCACAGAAGAUUCACUCCAUGACACAGCAGCAUAUUCUACAGGUCAACAACUUGGUUUACAGUCAAGAUUUGUGGGACCAGGCCCAACCCCUUGUGCUUGAAUUCAGAGAUUUCUUUAUGGAUCUGGAUCGUAACUGUGGACCUCUAACCCUUCACAGUUCAAUUGUCCACUUGUGUGAGUACAUUCAAGAUGGGUUGAGGAGACUCCAGGAAUUACUGCAAUCAGAAAAGGCGUCUAAUUGCAAAGCUGCAGUUGAAUAAUUGAACAGAUCCAUUGUAAAUUAUCCUUAAAAGCACAGAACCAAGUGGAAUUUUGGACAUACAGUGUACACACUCAUGCAUUGAACCGAGGUACAGCUCCAUCUCAAUAAACAAAGGGUAUAUUAAUGACAGCAUAGUUCAUUUACUGUUAAUGAAGUAUAUUUAGAAAUAAAAUGCUUGGGCAAGCUUUACACAACAUGUAGAUGUUUUAUUGGUGAGAGCAAUUAUAGAUAAUUAUUAUAGCACCCAGUGGGAGGUAUAUGGCAAUAGUGUUUGCAUUAUAUUAAUAAUGAUAUUUGGCAUGAGUCGUUUCUCAGAGAAGUUAACAAAGUAAGAGUAUUAUUCCUUGUAAUUUGCUAUAUUUUGUAGAAUACAUGCAGUAUUUUUUCAUAUGGAAUAAAUAAAUACAAAUGAACAAGAAAACAUGCAAAUAGAGUAUAUCCUUAUCUCAGCUAUCAGGCCAGUCAGAAGAAGAAAAUAUAUGUUGUUUUUUAGUAAACAUGUAAUGUCUUUGUGGGGAUCUUGGUGGCGUGGCCUCACCCCAUGGAAGUUGGGAAGGCAAAAAUCAAUAAACUUCUUGUCAAAAUUUUGAAAAGUAUGGGAAGUGAAUGUUGAAAUCUUAGACCUUGCUACGGUAAAGGUUGAUAUUAUGAGAAAAAAUAACAUUCCGAAUGGAAGCAUUACCACAACCACACAUUUGUGAGUUACCUAUCUGUCAAUUGUUGCAAGAGAUUUUGAGAUAUGCUGGGCGAAAGCUUGCUAUGCUUUACCACGAUCCUCACGAUGCCUCAAAAUAGUUUUAGCUUAAACUGGUUGUGCACUGCAGAAUUUAUGAAGAGGCAAAGAAACUUAGAGAAGCUGGACAGUUGUCGUAGAUGAGACGUACGACUUUUUUUUUCCUUUGGUUAGAGUAAGGCUGCAUCUUAAACGUCCUCUCAUUUUAGGGUUUUGCUGUCUCCUCUAUCUGUAGGUUUGUUUUAAUUUAAACUUCCUCAAUUUCAUGGUGGAACUAUCCAAGUGUUAUGAAAAGAAAGUAGCCGUGAAUAGUCCUGCUUUUUAAAGUCACCUGUCUUCUAUUUUUGUUUCAUUUCUCUACUUACCUUUGCCAACCUUCAUUAGUAAACAUUUAGCUUUCUUACUCAAAGAAUAGGCUAUAUAUACACACACGCACACACACACACACGCACGCACGCAACUUUUGCAUCGCACAAAUGAAUCUUUUAAAGCUCGUUUUCAAUUUUAGUUUUCUGGGAUAUAAAGGAGGCGAAAGUUUUGAUUUGAAAUCUGUAAACAGCUCGCAUCAUGAAUAAGGUUGGUUAUGUUCUUGAAAAAUUCCUCGCCAAGAACUGGAAUGAUGAACCUCAUCUUCUUGUAAUGCCUUAUAACGAAAAUUUGACAAAGAAUUCUUCAGACCUCUUCAGUUUUUUUUGUUUUUUGUUUUUUUUCUGUCGUGUAGAGAGUAAUGUUUAAGCUGCAGCUGGUUCAAAAAUUUUUCACACCUCAGCAGGUGUUCUUUUGACACGCCUUUUAAUCUUAACCAGUUAAAAAGUCCUGCGUUAAGAAGGCCUCUUUUUCUUUGCGCACAGAGAUAUUUUUUUUAAGCUUCCUUCUGAUUGGAUCUCUCUGCUGUCCGUAUUUGGAAAUGUAUGUCACGUGAUAAUAAUUUAGAGCUGAUCGCACACAAGUUUAAAACUACACCAAUCUGAAGCUGAAAGCAUUGGACACUAAUUAAUCAUAGAGUUUAUCAUUUGUAGUAAGAAUGUUAUCAGAUCGAUUACAGGUCUUUAUUUUAGUACACCAUUGACCAAAUUUAGGAAAGAAAUUCAAGUGAAAAUUAGAGAUUUUUAAUUUCAAAUAUAUUUCCGGGUUGUUAGCCCUUUAUUUUGGGGAUUAUGUUUCUCUGAAUAGAAUAUUUAAAUCUUGGGAAAGUAUUUAACCGUUAAAAGUUCUUAGAAAGAGUUGCAGAAAAAAAAAAAAUUAACAACAAAACAUUUUGUAUGUUAUUCAUGCCUACUCUGGUAAGGGGCUUAUUCUAUGAGUUGGGAGGGGAGGGUGAGUAGUUGAUGGUGCUUAGCAGGGCCUCGUAUUAAAGACAUAAUCUUCACAGCUUUUCUUGAUAUAAGUAGAGAUCAUUAAGUCAUUGACUAGACAAACACAAGUGUAUUUCUGGUAUUUUUGAGAAGUGGAACUAUUUUUUACGGCGGUAAUUUUUUACUCGUGUUGUUUUUCUCGCUUUUUUAGGGGCUCCUUGUUUGUUCUUUGUGGUAAUUUCAUAUUACGAUCAUUUUCGUACCGACUUCAAGUAUUUUAGUGUUCGUUUGUAAUGAUGCAUGAGUUAGAGCCACGUUGAGCCCAUUUUGUAGACUUUCGCCACAAGAAUUAUUCAUGCAAAGCUGUGAAGAAUUGUCGUUUUCAAUACUUUUUUUCUUUUCUAAAAUGGGGAUUAAGUUGUUAUUAAAGCUUGAAGUAUUUGGAUCACAACUCACAAUCAAUAAUGUUUCAUUUUCAUAUCGACUCUUGACACAGUUAAAAUAAGUCAGAUUAAAGGAGUUGACCCGCUUUGGAAAAGAGAAUUUUUAAGGCCUCAUCAAACAAGUUUCCUCGCCAUCCAAAAGCUUUUUGGAGGGUGGAAAAUUCAUUUCAUUGGAGAAUUUUAUUGACUUGCCGUCAAUCGCGGAAACUGGGUUGAAUCAUGUUAUCAGGAUAAGUUCUCUUGAUACUGUUGAAAAAGAAAUCUUUCCGUGGUUGUUUGAAAACAAAACAAAAUAUUGCGUGUGUUCUAGUUUUGUUUGCUUCAAAUGUGAAGUUAAUCCGCAGUUAGUUGAAGGUCUGUAGAUUUUCUUGAACAGUAGUUAAUCUCUAUGAGUUGUACUUUCGUUCUUCUGUCUGUCUGUGAACUGAGGUAAUAAAAUUAUGGCAUACUG